CCAGGUCCCCGGUCCCGGGGCUCCGGCCCACCCCCGGGACAUCCGGGUCAGGCCCGUGUUACCCCUCCCCCGGGGGUUCCAAGACGGCCCAAGAGGCCCUCGAGACGGCCUCCGUAGCCAUUUUGGCUCAAGGGGAUCAAGGGCCUAGCACUUCCACCCCGUGUGGCGCGGAGAUCAGGAUGGGACAUUGGCAAUGGUUGCACCAAAGUGCGUGGCUCAUCUGUCCGUCUUGCUCAUGGUCUUCGCCAGUGUUGUCUCUUACGUUAUCAUGAACGACGCGUUCAGGUUGGCGCACGUAGUCCGCUUGACAGAGCCAGCUCCGACGGAGCAGUUCCCAGCGGCAUCUACCGCAGUAGCAGGCACGACCGCUGAGCGACUGGCGAGCAGCAGUACUGUCAACGAUGGGCUGGGCGCUACCAGGGCUGAAGCCAGCACUGGUACCAGCACCAGUACCAGCACCAGUACCAGCACCACGACCAGCACCACGACCAGCACCGGUGACAUGGCAUCCGACCAAGUCGUCGUCAACAUCGGAACAAGCCUGGAGAACAACAAGUGUGUAAACGCUACAUCAUCAGUCAGUUGUGACGUUGACGCUGCCCAGCACGGAUCAAGGCUCAACAGAGAUUUGCCCAGGUCGACAGACGAAUUCCAUGUGUUUGCGUACGGCAGUCGAGUUUGCGUGAAACGUACCGACGACGUUGUGAGUGGAUGGGGUAUGAAUUUAACGAUCAGGUGUACGAGGUCGGCUACGGCAGUCACCAGCCCGAUCACGAAUCGCAUACCGCGCCGACAUGUGCAGGCGUGGCUUGAAGAGAUGUAUCCUAAACCAGAGCCGCAACUGCUUCACGCGAGGCUAUCGUUUCAGAACACGUCGGCUUUUCCAGACAAGCCGUUGGUAUCCAUAGCGGCUAUGUGCGAUUGGCUGUUUAUACAGGACACGACUGGCCCGCGCUUCCCCCUGCAAAUCGUGAGGCUCCGCUCGCCCCCAAGGACUAUUUUCUUGGACUUGAGGUUGGACUUGAAAAUGAUGAUCCGCUUACUCAAGUACGAGGUGUUUCCCUACAUCGAUAAGCCGGUCGUGGUCCUCACCACGUCGCAAGACAGGACAAUUCCACAGCAGCGUGACCGCAGAUUUGAGAAUCGCACGCAUGACGUGUUGCAGAGGUUUGCCAGGCUGCUGAACAAUCGUCUGAUCGAGCGGUGGGUGACAGAGAAUUUCGACGAUUCUAGAUUCCACAAAAAGCUCGCUGGGAUUCCGACUGGAUUCUACACGCCCAACUGCGAGAUUGCAGGACAAGCAAAUCAGGAUUGCAGUCAGGAGUGGUGGUCGGUAAUCAAGGCUGGAUGGCUGGUGCCUCUGUCGCAAAGGCCGCUCACUCUGAGCUGCAAUGGCAGGCAUCAUAAGGAAGCCUCCGCGGGCCAGUUCACCGACAGGGUCAGCGCGCUCAAAAACUGCAGGUCAGGCGGCCCAUGGGGAGACUUCUCUGAGCUUCGAGGCGAGAUGUUUAGCAAUCAGUUUGCUGCUUGGUGGCAGAAUCACUCUUUCGUCAUUUGCCCUCACGGCGGUGGCCUUGACCCGAGUCCAAGGGCUUUCAUGGCCAUCGCCUCUGGCGCUAUCCCAAUCGUGCAGAGUACGCCUUGUCUGGACACGGUCUACUCUCAGCUCCCUGUGGCGUUUGUGCGUGAUUGGAAGCCAGCGUCCAUCUCCGUCAAGAAGCUGCAGCGCUGGCGGGAUCAUCUGGCGCCCCAGUAUGAAGAUCCCGAGCUGGUGGCGAAGGUGAUCGCCAAACUCACAAUGAAGUAUUGGUGGGAGGGGACAGUCAAUCGCACAGUCAGGAUGACGAGCAAGACGAAGACGAAGAAUACUAAAAAAGACGACGAAGGCCGCCGCGCAGACAGCAGUGGGCAUCCAGAGCAGGAGGGUGCCGCGCAGACCGCGAUGGGCAUCCAGAGGGCUCCCAUGCAGCAAGAGGUCGCCGCUCAGACAGCAGUGGGCAUCCAGAGGGCUCCCACUCAGAAAGAGGGUGACGAGCGAACAGCAGUGGGCAGCGAGCACAUCCCCACGCAGGAAGAGAGCGCCGCGGAGAUAGAAGCGGGCAUCCAGAGGGCAGCGGGGCAGAAGGCUGGCUCCAGGCGGAGAAAGGGAGGCGGCAAGCAGAGAAGCUCGCAGGAGACAACCAGGCCGCGCACAAAGCAGGCUGGGAGCGCUUCGCAAGCAGCACCGGGCAGCCCGAGUGCUCGGUCCGCGCGCGGGCGCGAGGGAGCCUCAUGAUGGCUUCCAGACGACCCAAGACGCCCCCUAAGAAUCCCCAGAGGCCUCCAAGAGGCCUCCCAAGACGGCCCCGAGAGGCAGAAAUCGUUACGGCCCAAGGCAGCGCCGACACAGAUGAAAAGGGCCGCAAGAGGCCCCCAAGAGGGCUCGAAACCGCAGGAACAUGUGCUUGCACACCGAUUUGCAAUUGAUUAUUCCCGUGAGAGGACAUCUCGCGACAAAUGCGACGUCGUCUCACUUGGCUGAUCGUGCCGAAGCAUGUUGCUAGCCAUUCUGGAAAUUAGGUGCCUUCGCAGUUUGUAACCGAGGUACCAACUCAGAAUCAUGGGCCUGCGAGUCGUCCCAUGCUCUUCUUUAGUUUAUCCCGACUUGUUUGUUAGUUUGUGUUUACUCAAUUCCCGCACCAGUGCGUCAUCUUUCCCUGGUUGGGCGUCUUUCUUUCCAUCCUUGGACGCAUGGGUAAUUUGCCAACAUAUUUAUUUGGCAUUUGUUGCGCACGUGUAGGCUUUGCACAGCGUGUCAAAGCACAUUUGCCUGCACACCGCGAUACCUGUGAAUAUGUUGAUUUCGUCGAGACGUAUCUCGCGACAAGUGCGACGUCGUCUCACGUGGCUGAUCGUGCCGAAGCAUGCUGCCAUCCAAUCAGGCGGGUGCCCUCGCAGCUGCUGGUCUUAAGCUACAGGCGUGCUGAAUCCCCCCCCAAAAAGAGGGCUCGAAACGCAGACAUCUAGCUCG